AUGGUGCUGGCGCGUCAGACGGAGGGCGCAUGGAUGUGGGAGGUUGGGCGGGUGGAUUAUGUGGAUGGUGUGUCGAGCGGUGGUUGGCUGGUGGUGGUGCACCAGACGAAGCGCGAUGCCUACAGACAACUGCCUGUCAUGCCUCCGUCCCCAGCAGCCACCUCCACGUCAUCGCGGCUUCGCACCGCGAUCGCGCAGUACGGACGCCUGGCAAUCGCCGUCCACAUCGGCGUGUCGACCGUGUCGUUCGCGGGCCUGUACCUUGCCAUCCGCAGCAGCAUCGACGUGGAAGGGCUGCUAAACAGAGUAGGCCUCCUCCCCUCGCCCACGCACCCGUCUUCCGCUCCUCCGACCGAUGCUGCUCCUCCCUCGACGUCCCAUUCUGCGAAUUCGUUAGAACGUGAAGCCGUGUUGUCAGGGAGCGACCUAAGCUCGAGAGGUCUGCCAGAUUCUUCCUCUUCGGGCAUAGCGGGCAGAAAGGCCGAUCCAGGAUCAUCAGUAGCGACCAGGGAGCAGGCGAGAGCAGAACCCUCUGGUACGGGCUCUACUGGAGCAAAUGUAGCCGUUGGGAAUGGAGAAACCACUGAGAGUGGAGGAGGAGCAGCAGCUGGUUUGAUAGGAAGUGGUGGUGCUUUGGCUGUUGCUUGGCUCUGCAACAAGGCUCUGAUUCCUGUCCGUGUGCCCAUCACCCUGGCGCUCACCCCACCCAUUGCUAGAUUCCUGACAGCGAGAGGCUUCAGAAUUUAA